AAUUUUUCUUGUCUGGCUGAGCUCAAGUUAAAAAUUUCGUUUUCAAUAAAAUAAUUAUUAAAUUAAAUUUAAAAUCAUUUGUACUUAAAACAUACUCACAUUAUUUCUAAUUUGAUAUAAACGAAAUUAUAACUUUGUAAAUGUUGUAAUUUCCAUCUAAAAGAAACAAGAUUUCAAUUUUUCUACAAUCUAAUCUGAAUUCGCUCGAUGUGAAAACGCCAUUUUUUUUAGCUAAUUUUUUUUCCACAAAAAUGAAAUGGAGAAGAAGCUUUUCCAAAAUGUGUUUUCUGUUUAAUAGCAGGCUUGCUGCCUGCCAUUGAAUAAAAUUCAUUAUCUUCAAACAAAACACAAAAUCUAACAUUUUAAUCAAAGAAAUUCAAAUAAUUUAAACAAAAUAAGUAUUUAAAGGAAACAAAAGAAAUUGAAAAAAAUGGCAACAAGUGAUGAAAAUAUAAUUGUGAUAGCUGAUGAAAGUAGUGACGAUGAUAUAAUUGUCGAGGAUGGAGGAGGUGGAGAUGCUAGUUCAUGUCCUUCCAGUUCGUUUUCAUCCGAAACAAAUCUUCCGCCAAAACAUACAGAAAAUGACGUAUUCCCAGAAGUUGUAAUCGAAUGUCCAAUUUGCCUGCAAACGUGUAUACAUCCCGCGAGACUCCCUUGUGGUCAUAUUUUCUGCUUCCUGUGUGUCAAAGGUGUUGCGUACAAAAACCGUCGUUGUGCUAUGUGUAGACGUGAAAUUCCACCAGAGUUCCUAGACCAUCCACAGCUGGUAAAUGGAAUACAGGAUAUUUGUAAAACAAAAACCACCGAAGAUGGUUAUCAGUGGUUUUAUGAAGGCCGAAAUGGUUGGUGGCAAUACGAUGAUCGUACAAGUCAAGACAUCGAAGAAGCUUAUAAAAAAGGCGAAAAAUCAUGUACAAUCCUUGUAGCUGGCUACGUGUACGUAGUUGAUUUUGAAGGAAUGCUCCAACAACGCCAAAACGAACCAUCACGUCGACGCCACGUCAAACGUGAUCUCGCCUCAAUACCCAAAAAAGGUGUUGCUGGAUUACGCAUUGAAGGCAACACAGUUGCCACCGAUACAAAUUUCGCCUCUCAAGUCUACCAUAGUCGUCAGAUGGGUUUCAAUUCAGUUGACGAUGCAAAUCGUGCAAUGGCCGCUGUACCAAGUGGUGGUGGUGAUUUCGACGACGAUCAUCAUCUUCCCCUACACACUCAACCUCAUCGUUCUCUUGGCCAACAACUACCAAUGCCAAAUGGUAGUGGUGGCAGUGGAACGAGUAGUAGUGCGAGUGAUUUCAUAUCCACAGUAGCUGCAACUGAUGCUGCAAUUCGAAUAGCUAGCGAUAUAAUUGGCUCAACACUGGCCCAUGCCGAUGAGAUAUCACGUCUAGAUGCAAGUAGACAACUCAGCAAUAGUAUUAAUUCAAUCAAUAGCAACACCAGCAGCAGUGGAUUGGGAAUGGUGACAAAUUUAAUUGGUGGCGAAGGAUCUUCAACUUCAUCAUCUCAACAACAUGCACAAGGUAAUCGUGAACUUUUAAAUGUAGCCGAAGAGCUAUUGGAUGUUAGUUCCAAUACGCUCUCGAAUGCAGAUCAACAUACAAUUGAUCUAUUUGAGCAAACUUUAAAUGAUUUCCAUUUGUUGACACUGCGGAAUAUCAUUGAUUCAAGUGAAAGUGAUGAUGAUGACAACGACCAGCUUUUACUGUAGAAUAGAAUGUAAAUGUAAGAAAUUAAUAUUGUAUAGGUCUGCUUAUUAGGUAUUAUAUUAUAUUUUAUUUAUUUAUUUAUUUAUCUUUAUAUAAUUAUUUUUUCUUAUAGUUUUUUUUUGUUGCUCAAUAUUACUACCCAUUGUGUGUUUGAUAUAUUUUUACACAAACCAAAUGUAUCUAAUGUGUAGAAAAUUUUUGUAAUGGAGAUAUGUGGUUCAAUGGACAAGUGUCUUUUUUGGGAAAAAAGUAGGAUUCCUCCAUUUUAAAAAAUAUUUCCGAAAGAAUCUUUAUUCAUAUGGAAGUUUUCCUAGCAAACUGAAUUGUUACUCAUCAUGAAAGCAAUAAAAUAAACUUUUUACAUCCGUUGCAAAACGCCCUUUGGUAAGGGAAACAAUUUCAAAAAUGAACUGAAGUGCGUAUAAUAAUGCAAUCUUCAAUUAAUGUUGUAUUUAAUUCGUCAUUAAUUUAUAUUAUGUAUUUCACUAUAAAAUUUUCAUUAUAAUAUUUAUUUUAUUGACAGUCUGAUUUUUUUUCACUAACUGAAUGUCGAUAAAAUGCAUUCGCUCUAAAACUGGCAAGACUUUUUAUUCUUCGGGGCUUUCUACCACUUUCACUUUUUUUUUGUUUUCACUAACUGCUGUAUAUCCCCAAGUAAAAAAUUUAAAAAGUUUAAAAAGUAGUGGAUAAUUUCAGAGCAGAAAUUAAUUAAGUGUUAUCAUAAGAACUUUUAAUAUUUACUUGUGACGAAACGUGUUUAAUUUCUACAUUUUCAAAAUAAACUUUUUUAAAAGGUUUGAAAAAUAGUUCAGUAGGUAGAUUUUUUUUUUUAAAUGCAGUUGAGAAAAGCAGAGGUUCUUAAAAAAUCCUUAUAUUUGAUAUCAGCGUUGAAAAGCAUGGUACACAUUUUUCUACUGAGCGCCACUUUGUUGGUUAUGUGUGAUAAGUGUUCACACAAGACGACUUUUGUUCAAGUUGGUAGGAUUUUUUGGUUAAAAAAACUAUACACUAGCGAAAUUUAUUUACCUAACGUUGACUGUUUUCUCAAUUUAAAUACUACUAAGUGCACUUCCUUACCAAAUACACUUAUCAUUGGUUGUAAGAUUAAUCCUUUAUCUAAAUAUUUUUAACUUGUAGAUCGUAGAUCCCAAAAUGUUAAAGUAUUGAGGCGAAUUCUUGUCUUCUUCCUUGAUCUGAAUAUUUUUCCAUUAGUGAAUCUUUAGGCGUGUCAAUUUUAAUCUCGUUCUCGGUUCACGGUUAAUAGAUUCACUUUUGAGCAAGUUUUGUCAAAUUUGGACUUUUUUAAUCGUAAGUCGUAUUUAUUUCGCAAAAAACGGUUCAACAAAAUUCCAAAACAGUUCACAAAAUUUUAGUACACUUUAAAUUGAAAAAUAGUCAAGCAAAUAUCAAGGCUUUCUAAAAAGCUAUCAAGUUGGUAUAAUUUCUUAUCGAAUCAUCAUAUAAUAAAACGGCGAACACUUAUUUUGUGGUACAAAACAACUGGAAUAUCUAUUUGAAAAUGACACAUGAAAAUUCCAAUCAACUAGAAUGAAAUGUCAAAUGAAAUAUGAAACUUAUUGCUCCUCGAGGUCAUCCAUCUGGUCGUGGGUUGAAAUAGGCAACAAGUUGUUGAGAAUUUUCAACUCCGCUGACAACUCCUUCCACUCUAAUCAAAUUGCUUGGUUUCUUGUUGUUGUGCCCGAUGGUUGUGGGCUUGUGUCUGGAUCAUUGGUUACGAUACCAGGUGGGGGAUUAGUCAUAGACUCCUCCACACUCUCUGUUGGCUCGGUGCUCCGAGGCCUACACCGAGAGAAUGUUUCGUUUUUAUUCUCUAUAUUUUUUGGGCCAACAGUUUUUAGUCAUGUAGGGCUGGCAACCCCAAAUGUCUAUGUGCUUGAGAGCCCAACCUCUUCCGAUUAUACAGGUUAAAUGCCACCCUUAGGUGUGAAGGCAGGUACAUGAAGUUGGUAAUAAAUUACCUCGUUCUCACAGAUAACCCAAAUAGCCUAUCUCUGUUAGCCGUUACUCUUUUAACCAUCGUCAGAAAUUGCACCUUGUUCAGGUACAACAAAUCAUAUGGUCUACUCGAGUGCACUUCUAUGACUUAAAUUUGGACUUUUUAAGUCGUAACCCGUAUUUAUUUCGUAAAAAAACGGUUUAACAAAAUAUCAAAGCAGUUCACAUUAGAUUGAAAACUUGAAAAAUUUUAAAACAAAUAUCGAGGCUUUCUAUAAAGCUAUCAAGUUGGUAUAAUGUCUUGUUGAAAUAAACAUAAAAUGCCUUGAAGCUCUCUGUAUCACUUCCUUCGGCUAUAAAAAAAGACUGGCUACUUAUAUUUUGUUAUCACUUAGUUUUCAUCCUGGUACUACUUUAAUUUACUUCCUUUUUAUCUAAAAACUUGAAAAAUUUUAAAACAAAUAUCGAGGCUUUCUAUAAAGCUAUCAAGUUGGUAUAAUGUCUUGUCGAAAUAAACAUAAAAUGCCUUGAGGCUCUCUGUAUCACUUCCUUCGGCAAUAAAAAAAGAUUAGCUACUUUUGUUAUCACUUAGUUUUCAUCCUGAUACUAUUUUAAUUCACUUCCUUUUUAUUUAAAUGUUUUUACUUUAAUGCAUCCUCAAGUGUGUCAUUUAUAAUCCGGUUCACGGUCGAUUGAUUCGAUUCUGAGCAACUUCUGUUAAAUUUGGACUUUUUUAGUCGUAACCCGUAUUUAUUUCGUAAAAAAACGGUUCAACAAAAUUCCAAAGCAGUUUAAAUUUAAUUGAAAACUUGAAAGAUUUUAAAACAAAUAUCGAGGCUUUCUAUAAAGCUAUCAAGUUGGUAAAAGUCUUGUCGAAAUAAACAUAAAAUGCCUUGAGGCUCUCUGAACCACUUCUUUCGGCAAUAAAAAAAGAUCAGCUACUUUUAUUUUGUUAUCACUUAGUUUUCAUCCUGAUACUAUUUUAAUUUACUUCCUUUUUAUCUAAAAACUUGAAAAAAAGCUAUCAAGUUGGUAAAAGUCUUGUCGAAAUAAACAUAAAAUGCCUUGAGGCUCUCUGCACCACUUCCUUCGGCUAUAAAAAAAGACUGGCUACUUUUAUUUUGUUAUCACUUAGUUUUCAUCCUGAUACUAUUUUAAUUUACUUCCUUUUUAUCUAAAAACACGAAAAAUUUUAAAACAAAUAUCGGGGCUUUCUAUAAAGCUAUCAAGUUGGUAAAAGUCUUGUCGAAAUAAACAUAAAAUGCCUUGAGGCUCUCUGUACCACUUCUUUCGGCUAUAAAAAAAGACUAUCUACUUUUAUUUUGUUAUCACUUAGUGUUCAUUCUGAUACUAUUUUAAUUCACUUCCUUUUUAUUUAAAUGUUUUUAUGCAUCCUCAAGUGUGUUAUUUAUAAUCCGGUUCACGGUCGAUUGAUUCGAUUCUGAGCAACUUCUCUUAAAUUUGGACUUUUUAAGUCGUAACCUGUUUUUAUUUCAUAAAAAAAAAAACGGUUCAACAAAAUUCCAAAGCAGUUCACAUUAAAUUGAAAACAUGAACAAUUUUAAAACAAAUAUCGAGGCUUUCUAUAAAGCUAUCAAGUUGGUAUAAUGUCUUGUUGAAAUAAACAUAAAAUUCCUUGAGGCUCUCUGUAUCACUCCCUUCCGCUAUAAUUAAAGGCUGGAUCAAGAACGUACCUUUUGACGGCAAAAAAUUUUCCCUUCCCUGGCCGAGCGCGUCUAGAUGUCUUCUUCAUGUAAUAUAAAUUGGAUUCGGCGACAAGGGUUCGCAGUUCGAUUCCUGGUUCUGAUGCUAAUUUUUUUUUAUUAAUUUGAUUAUUCACACAUACGGCAAAAUUAUUUAUUUCUAACCUACCUUUGAUUUUUUAAUCGUCAAUUAGACUAUCAGAAGAAUAAAUUUAAAUAUAAAAAACAAUUUUAUUAGAAGGAAUAAGCCUUA